AACGCGCGCGCGAUUUUGUUUUGAAGGUGAUUGUUUACACUUUCCCAUCGUCGGUUUCAGUUCGUUUUCCGGCAGUUUUUUGGCAAGUUCCGCGUUUUCCGCUUAAAUUUCUACCGAAAUGAGCCACAGAAAGUCAAAUCGUGUUAAAAAAGUGGACCAAGAGGAUCCAUCGGAUUCGGAAGAAAACGUAGUGCCAUCGUCUGAGAACGUCACCAAUCGAAGAAGAUCGACCCGGCAUCGAUCACCGAACAAGCGAUAUGGCAAAGAGUAUGUCCAGAUGCUCAAAUCGCCCCAGUCUCGUAGAAAAGACGAACCCGUUGUCGUAUCGGAUGAAUCUGAAGAUGAUGCGAGUCCGGUGGAUGAACUGGCCAGUCGAAUGAAAACCACUGCUCUUUUUGAGGAACGAGUUGACGUUGAAGGACAACAGGUGUAUGGAUUCAAGACUCCUAAAAAGCGGUACUCGAUGAACGUUCUUGUGGCCAGUGUACAGAAGACACCAACUACGGCGGGAGGAACACCUUCCAAAUCUUCCCGGAAGUCGAUGGCGGCUGCUGGCCCGAUGACGCCUAAACACAGCGCUAAAAGAAACAUGAACUUGGCCAAAACGCCACACCGGGACAGGAGUCGACUGAAGAAGGAUAUUAUCAAAGCUAUUAGAAGCGAAUCUGAUUCUGAUUUCGCUGCAAGUGAGAGCGAUUUUGUCCCUUCAUCAGAAGACGAAGACGACGAAAGUGAAGGAAGUCAGGAGGAGCAGGAUGAGGAUGAGGAUUCUGAGGAAGAAGUUACAGUUCCAGUUGUAAAACGCGCUCCUGUUAGUAGUCAACUUGCAUCGAUUGCUAUUGCUCCUGGACUAAAAUCUUCCAAAAAGGAACUCAAACAGCGAAAAGUUGUAGAUUACAUUCCUCAGAGCGAUGAAUAUUUUGGAAUCCACAGCAGCUCAAAAGUUGUAACAUCCGAUCAUACUCUGGAUAGACUGAAUACACCGCGUCUUCCUCACGACGAACUAUUCCGUUUAUUGAAACAAUUCCACGGUUCAAAAGAACACGAAAAGGCCAUCCAAUCGCUGCAUAUUGACUACGAACAAUACUUUGCCAAAUGGCUCUUCCUGAUGGAUGAAGGCUUUAAUAUCCUCCUAUACGGUUUGGGAUCGAAACGUAAUUUGCUGCAAGCCUUCCACCGAAAAAUAAUUGCAAAUCAUCCGGCUCUCGUCAUCAACGGAUUUUUCCCUUCGCUCACCUUGAAGGACAUUCUGGACUCGAUUGCUGUCGAUAUAUUGGACCUGAAUAUUCACAGCAGCAACCCGAAUGAAGUGGUUGAGCUUAUCGAGCAGGAACUGAGCUACCUUCCAGAUACCCAUUUGUUUCUGGUGAUACACAACAUAGACGGAGUCGCGAUCCGGAACCACAAAGUUCAAACCGUUUUGGCACGAUUAGCCAAAUUGAGCAACAUCCACGUCCUCGGUUCGAUCGAUCACAUCAACACGCCUUUGAUGUGGGAUUCAUCCAAGCUGAGCCUAUACAACUUUUCCUGGUGGGAUGUUACCACCAUGCUACCAUACGCCGUAGAAACAUCGUUUGAGAACUCUCUCCUGGUCCAGAACUCCGGUGCCAUUGCCCUAUCAUCGAUGAAAAAUGUGUUCCAAUCUCUCACCACCAACUCCCGAGGUAUCUUCCUAAUGAUCGCCAAACAUCAGCUCGCCAACCAGGGCAAUCAACAGUACCAGGGAAUGCUGUUCAAGGACCUCUAUUGGAAGUGUCGGGAGGCGUUUUUGGUCAGUACGGAUUUGGCGCUGAGAGCUCAGCUGACCGAAUUCAUCGACCAUAAGCUGGUCAAGGUGAAGCGGACCGCCGACGGGUCCGAGAACCUCACCAUUCCCAUCGAAUCCGCACUGCUCACACAGUUUUUGGAGGAAAACGAUGGUGAUUGAGGCAUGCCUCGGAAAAGUAGGUAAGUACCCAUUCGUCCCUUUUUUUGUGCUUUUAGAAUCUUAAAAUAAUUAAUUUCAAAUAAAAUAAUUUAUUAGUUAUCUGUUCCGUCAUCGAA